AUGCCAUUUGGUCAAAUUGUUAUUGGUCCUCCAGGGUCUGGGAAAUCAACCUAUUGCAAUGGUUGCUCACAAUUCUUCAAUGCUAUUGGUAGACAUUCACAGGUCAUCAACAUGGACCCUGCUAAUGAUAGGCUGAGUUAUCCUUGUUCCGUCGAUAUUCGUGAUUUCGUAACUAUAGAGGAAAUCAUGCAAGAACAGCAACUAGGUCCUAACGGUGGUUUGAUGUACGCUGUCGAGUCACUGCAAGAGUCCAUUGAUCUGUUUAUCUUGCAAAUUAAAGGUUUGGUGGAACAGGAGAAGGCCUAUUUGAUAUUCGAUUGUCCUGGUCAGGUCGAAUUGUUCACCCAUCAUUCUUCUCUGUUUAAUAUUUUUAAAAAAUUGGAAAAAGAGCUGGAUAUGAGAUUUUGCGUUGUCAAUUUGAUAGAUUCAUACUAUAUCACUUCUCCUUCUCAAUACGUUUCGGUGCUGUUGUUAGCUUUACGUUCAAUGCUGAUGAUGGAUCUACCUCAGGUCAAUGUGUUGUCAAAGAUAGAUUUAGUUAAAUCAUACGGUGAAUUGCCAUUUAGGUUGGAUUACUAUACAGAGGUCCAGGAACUAGAAUUCUUAGAACCGUUUAUUGAAAAGGAAUCUUCAAGUGCUUUGGGCAAGAGGUACAACAAGCUUACUGGCGCAAUCAGUGAGCUGGUUUCUGAUUUUAACUUGGUUUCUUUCGAAGUUUUGGCUAUCGAUGAUAAACAAAGUAUGAUUCAUUUGCAAAGUGUUGUUGAUAAAGCAAACGGUUAUAUAUUCGGUUCAUCAGAAGUGGGCGGUGACACCGUGUGGGCAGAGGCUUCAAGGAUAGGUGUCGCAAUGCAAAAUUAUGAUAUUCAGGAAAGAUGGAUAGAUAAUAAAGAACAAUACGAUAAAGAAGCUAUAGAAGCUCAUAAGAGAUUACUACAAGAACAAGAUAUGCAAGACAAAGAAGUAGAUGUUGACAAUGACGAUGAAUGGGAAUCUGCUCUACGCGAAUGGGAGGAAAAGCAAGGCAUGGAUUAUGUCAGAUAA